AGAGAGUGGAACAGAGAGAGAUUGACUAAAUCCUGCUUGGUGAAAGAGGGGGAGCACAUUCACACCCUUUAGGGGACUCACAGGAAAGGAGAGAGAAUCAGAGAAGUACACAGUCAGAUAUCAUUGUACCCUGCACGUCUCUUCAGUCACAACAAGGCUGCUGGGAUUUCAGUGAGUCGAGCUCCAGUGAAACUAAAUCAUGUCCAGCUCAAUCCUGCGACGACAUUCCAGCAAAUUGGGAUUACAGAAACUCCAAAAGAUCACAGCUCAGCGCAGUCUGGAGGAUGCAGAAGAAAUCGAGAGAGAACACAGACGGCGUGCAAGAGCCAGUACCUCUUCUGAGCCUCCUACACCUACUGUGACACCACAGGACAGCCCUCGAACUGCACAGACUCUGAACAACCAGGGUCAGAAUAAUCUUGUUCCGAGCUGUCCAUCAUCUUUGGAAGAAGACGAAGGCUUCAGUGAUUGGGCACAGCAUCUGAGUAGGCGGAAACAGAGAAAAUUGGAACAUGAUGAUGUAGAACCACAUCUAAAUGGCUCCCAUCACUCAACCAAACAACUCCAGCUCUGUUCCAGCUCAGCUCAACAAAUUAAACUGCAGCAAAGUGAUUUAAAUAUGUAUGACACCACCCCAUCCAUACAGACCCGAUCCCCCCUUUCAAAUCAACAAAACCUGGUUGAGGAUGAUGAUAUUGAAGACUGGGAUGCCAGAGAGUGGGAAAGAAGGAAUAACAUUAAGGCAACAGAAAAAGAGGAGAGAGAGAGCAGACCAUGGUGUGAAGAGGAUGAGACUCCAGGAAGGGUGAAAGAAAAUCAGAGAUGUGAUAUGAAUGAUGAGGUGUGGGAAAAGAAGGCAGAGAUGAAGAUAUCAUUCACUUCCAAACUCCUUCUCCAACAGAAUGGGAGGCAAAACAGCAUUAAUGGACAGGAGGGAAAGAGAAUAAAUCAAUGUGUGUCUGAGGAUGUGUGUGUGAAGAGCAGUGAGGAGAACCAGCAGCACAGAGAUACAGAGGAUCAGACGCAUGAGGAGGUACAGAGAAGGAUGAGAGAGGAGGAGAGAGAGAGGAAGAGGAGGGAUGUGAUGGAGAAGUUGAAGAGGUUGAGUAUAUCCAGUGCAGAUCCAGAGGAGCCCUUCAGUCCUCUCAGCCCCAAGAGCCCCUCCUACAUGGCUGAGGGUGAGGACUGCCAAUCAGAGGGUACACUUUCGAUUACUGAGAGGACUGAGUCUCUAAACCGUUCCGUUAAAAAAAGAAACAGCAUAAAGACGACCCAAUCUCCCACGAUCAUCUCAAAGUUAGAUGACAGAUUGGAGCAGUACAACCAUGCUGUUGAGGAGUGCUGUAAGGAGGGCAAUAUAGUCAAGCAACCUCUAAUUGAUGUCACAACAUCACAAGAGCCUGUAUCUGCUCGGAAGACCCUGUUUGAGGCAGGAGAAGCCUGGAAUCAGAAUUCAGCAACUGCCACGCCCUCUAAGGAUACAGAGGGACUAAAGGUGGGCGUGACUGAUUUAAUUAACCAGUGGGUGAAGGGAAAUCCUGAUGUCAGCUUCAAGAGUCCCAACUCCAAAGCAGCAUCUCCGGAAGUUAAAGCUGGUGAAGUGCGUAACAUAAAAUCCAUGUGGGAGAAUCUGGGAGACACAUCACAGGAUAAAUCAUGUGUGAAGGGAUCUGCUGGAAAAAGGUACAAAUUUGUCGAGAGUGGGCAUGGGAAGUAUGAGAAGGUCUUAGUUAACGAUGAGACAAACUGAUGAGCAACUGGCUGCUAAUCACACAGAUGUCUGAAGAAAAGAUGCUGUUGUACAAAUGUACAACAUAAAUGUGAUGCUUGUCCUUCAGUUUCACAUAAUAUUACAGGUUACAUUAGUUACAUUUAAAACAUUACAGUACUAUGUUAGGCCUUAAAUACAUAGUAAAGAAUUUCUGCAAGUGUUUUCACACUUACAUGUUCAUCUUACUUUUUUUUUUUUUUUU